AUGGGCGUGAAGACGCUAUGGGUCGUUCUCGAACCAGUGAAAGAUCCUACCCCUCUUGAAGAUCUAAAAGGUCAAACGAUCGCUGUCGAUCUCAGCUCCUGGAUUUGUGAAAGCAUUGCGGCAGUCAACGCUUUCAAGCCACACCUCAGAAAUCUUUUCUACCGAGUAGUAAAUUUGUCACGGCUGAACAUUCAACCUGUGUUUGUGAUAGAUGGUGACCCACCUGAGUUGAAAUCGAAUGAACUUGUGAAAAGAGCUCAUAUUCAAGGUGAUUCCAAAAAUAAACAUGGUGAGAAGAAACCUGGCAUGCAGAGGACACGUCUAAAAACACUACAAUAUGAGUGCUGUAAACUUCUUGAUGUCCUUGGUGUGCCAUAUAUACAAGCUACUGGAGAAGCUGAAGCCAUGUGUGCACUCCUCAAUAAAGAAGGGCUUGUGGAUGGGGUAUUCACUGAAGAUGGUGAUGCUUUCCUGUAUGGUGCAAAGAAAGUCUACAAGAAUCUUACUGCUGGCAGCAACGGUUCUCACGUUGAUGUGUAUGACAUGUUAGAUAUUGAGGAGAAACUGACAUUGAAUCGUAAUAAGCUAAUAGCUAUGGCACUAUUAAUGGGAUGUGACUACUUGUCUGAUGGAGUACCAAGUGUUGGCAAAACAAAUGCUACACAACUAAUGCACAGUUUGGGUGAUAUUGAUGUCUUAGAGAGAUUUCAUGAAUGGACCCAGGAGAAAAGUCAAGAUGAUGAUCCUAAUCAAAUUGUUACAUCAGAUGAGGAUGAUGAUGGCAGGUCGAUCAAGAGAAAAAGGAGAAAAAAGAAAAGGAAACUGACUCUUGAAGAGAAAAUUAAAUGCAAAGCAUUAAAAAUUGAUGGAUUUCCAAACCAAAAAGUCAUUGAUGAAUUCUUGAUACCAAAAGAUGUUGUUCCAAGCACGCCAUUUCAGCAUGCUACUCCUGACUUUGCUGAGAUUAUGACUGCCAAGCAGCUCUACUGCGGCAAUAAAAAGUGA